AUGGCGCUUGAUAGCUGCUCAAAGGAGGUUUUUGGUUCUCUGGCGGAAAAAUUAAUGGGUUCUACUAGCAAUGGUGUAACCCCAAUGGGAUACAGGUUCUUUCUGACCAAAUCAGAAUUCGUCUGCCAUUACUUACAAAACAAGGUUGUCGAAAAGAGACUUAGUUUAGAUGUUGUGGUGGAAGUGGACGUGUACGAUAUUGAACCCCAGUUUCUUCCAUGCACGGAUGGUGGUGGCGAGGAGAUCAAAGAACACUACUACUUCACGUACAGGUCAAAGAAGUCAGAGAAUGGAUCAUGGCCAAAUCGGGUGGUCAAGAACCCACGAGAAGGAGGAGGGUUUUGGAAGGAACCACGACAGAUGAGGAAAUCUACGAGAAUGGAACGUUGGUGGGACAGAUGA